UUUCGACAGGGAACAAAGAACUUAAAAAAAUAAAAAGACAAAAAAAAAAGUCUGAAUAACAAGAAAAUAGGAAUGAGGGUGGGGAUAUUGCGAGUAUUGUGACCUUGAGAAACAUUGUGCUUGCAGCAGGUACAAAAUACAUUGUAUAUAUGUAUAUACAAUGUACCAAAUGUUUUUUUGAAUACUGAAUGGGAUCGACUUUCAAAAUCAGAUGAGGAAUUUCGUGAAAAAAUAAUGUCUCUUGAAGUAUCGAAAGAUACAAAUUCAUCAUCAAAAUGGGGAUUAAUUCUCGUAUCAUUGACAGGAGGUUUGGCAACAAUUUUAAGUGUAAUUUGCAUUCCUUUUGUUAGUCCAGCAUUGAGAAAAGUAUGUCUACCUUAUGUGCCAGCGACAACAAAGCAAGUUGACAAUAUUUUAAAAGCCUUAUCAGGACGCAAUGGAACACUCAUUGAUCUUGGCAGUGGUGAUGGUCGUAUAGUUGUUGCAGCAGCUAAAUCUGGUUUCAAAGCAUAUGGUAUUGAAUUAAAUCCAUGUUUAAUUGCUUAUUCAAAAGUUUUAGCCCUCACAAAGGGUCUAUCGUCAAAUGCAUCAUUCUUUAGAGGCGAUUUAUGGAAAUGUAAUUUAUCAAAUUAUAAUAAUAUUGUAAUAUUCGGCGUCUCACAAAUGAUGGCCGACAUUGAAAAAAAAUUCAAUAAUGAAUUAAAUAAAAAUACCAUUGUGGUUGCUUGUCGUUUUCCAUUGCCAAAUUCAAUGCCAGUGAUGACAAUUGGUCAUGGAAUUGACACUGUUUGGGUUUAUAAAAUGCCUCUAAAAAAGCAUUGAAUCGUCAAAUAAAUAAUCACAAUGAAAGUCGAAUAAUUUCUCUUUAUAAUAAUAAUAAUAAUACUAAUAAUAAUUGUACAUAUACAUAAAUUCUGAAUUUAUUUUAAGAUAGAUGAUUUAAUGAAACGAAAUAAAAUUAAUAGAAAAAUU